UCACAAUUGACAAUUUAGAAUAUUUUCAUCCUAAAAAGGAAAUCGUUGAAAACAAUUUUAGAAAUAUUCGGUUAAACAAAACGUGUCGUGUGUAAAAAUCGGGAAAUUUUCACACGUUUAAAAAUGGAAAAAGCUGCAGCUAAAACUAAAAAAGAAGCUAAAGAUGAAAAACAAAAGGAUCAGAAGAUCGAAGAGCAAAUAAUGAAAACGCUGGAGGAAGAGGCGGCAGGAGCUGCACCAGAGGAGAAAUUUGUAUUGCUACUCCGCAAGCACGUGGAAAGUGAACGUGGAGCUAGAAAAGUGCGUCAGGAAAUGAAGGUACAGGAGAAACAAUUGGAGACAGUAUUACGAGAAAAGGAAAAUUUACAGCGCGAAUACAAUAAAAGUGUGCUCAUGCGUGACAAAUUACAGGAAGUUUGCCGUGAACAGCAAAAGCUAAUAAAAUCUGUGAAGAAUGAAAGCAUACAAAAAAUACGAGAGGAAGAAGAGCGACGUAAGGAAAGCCAAUCAAAAUUCCAAACAUCAUUGAAUGAGAUCACACAAUCCUUAACUAAAAACAACGAGGAAAAUCUGAAAUUGCGUGACCACAAUUUAGAAAUGACUAAAAAAUUGAAAAUGUUGGCUGAGCAAUAUCAUAUGCGUGAACAACAGCUGGAGAAAUUGAAUGAGCAGGUGCAGUUGGAGUCGCAAUUGCAUCAAGCCAAGUUGAAUAAGGUGCAAGUGGAAGCUGCUAUGGAGAAAGAAAUUUUGCUUAAGGAAAAGCAAAUCGCUUUAGAAAAGUUUGUGCAUUCGCAAAAAUUACUGCGAGAAUUGACGGAGCGCGAGGCAGCACUUAAGGAGCAACUUACGCUAUACACAGCUAAAUAUGACGAUUUUCAGAGUUCCCUGCAGAAGUCCAAUGAUAUUUUCGCGACAUAUAAAGUAGAACUGGAGAGGAUGGCCAAGAAUACACGGAAAUUAGAAAAGGAAACACUUGAAUGGAAAACAAAAUGGGAAAAGAGCAACGCCAUACUUAUUGAGUUGGCUACGGAGAAAAAAGAACGCGAUGAACACGCUGCACGUUGCAGCAAACAAGUCGAGCAGCUACAAAAAUUGCUGCGCGCACUACAAAAUGAACGUUCUCAUCUCUAUAAGGUACUGCGCGACAAUAAUGUCGAGUGUCCCGCCAUGCCAGCACUACCCCCAGAGCCCGAGCCCAUACAAACCGCGCCAGCAACAAGUAGUGGUGGCGCAUCAGACAAGGAUAAAAUGGAGAUCAUGUCACGUAACUGCGCCGAGCUGAAGCAAACUCUCGCUAAUCUGCAAAGUCAAAUGAAAUUUUUGAAUGUUGCUACAGGCGUAAGUACCGAUGCUAUAGCUAAAGGCGGUCAAACGGCCGCUAAACAGCAACAAUCCGAGGAUGCAAAUAAGAAACGCCAGCGUAAAAAACAAAAAUCAAAAAGCAAUAAGAAUGGUAAAGAAUCUUCCCCUGCUAACGCCACGGAGUUGCUAAAUGGCAACGUAAAUUCCACCACAAAUGCCGAUCAAACAGCAAGAGAAGUUAUUAAUCUGCCGGAAGAAGUUGAAACUGUUAGUACCACUGACUUGUCGCCUGCAUCACCAACAGCGAAUGAAAAUACGAUUGAAGUAGAAGCAAUGGAUGAGGCUGAUGACGCGGUGCCAAAACCAUUAGCACCAGAGUAUACAGCGAAUGCAGCAGCCGUAGCAAAUGGGUCAGAAUCACCAGUGUCGGCGGAAAUUGCCGCGAAGGUUGCAGAAUUAACAAUUGCUGGUGUAACGGAAGCUGCGGUCGCGACCGUAGCUGAGUUGAAAAAUUGUGCUGAUCACAAAUCGGCAAUAGAACCCCAGCAGCAAGAGCAACAGCAACAACAAAUCAAUGAACCAGUGCCAAAUUAAAGUUGCCAUUUUCCAUACUUUCGAUAUUAUAUUUAGUAUACCAACAUCUUUAAAAUUGAUUGCUGUGUAUACAACGAAUGCAUACUCGCAAAUCUACAUAUUCACCAUGACCAAGAAAUGCGCCCUCAUCACAUUGUCUAUGUUUGCGUACGUUCAAUUAGCUAUCGAUUAUUUGUGAACAUUAUUUUUCGGCGUCUUAUUUAUUAACUCUUAACUUUAAGUCGUUUUUUGGAUACAAUUUUUCGGCAAUUCAGUGACAUCUUUUGGAUGUUUCCUUAAUGCGUGGCUAUACAUAUCUCUUUAUUAGAUAUGUGUGUAUAAACUUUUUAAAUUUUUUCGCCUUAAAUUUGUAAUGAAAAUAUCUCAUUAUUUAUUACUAUUGUUUUGCAUUAGCAAAAUUUUUUAAUUCUCAUUCAUGAGCACAUAAAUGAAAACAUAAUAAUGUAAACGUUUCGAAAUUAUAAGCGAAAAAAAAAAUUAAUAAAAUUCUUUCAAUAAAAUA